AUGGCUACUACUACUACCACUACUACUUCUACUUCUACUACUACUACUUUGACUUAUGAGAAACCACACGAUGUGGCACUCACCUCACAUUCGGUCAUGGCCCUUUCUUUGGAAGAAACGGAUUAUCACAACUACAGCAAGAGCGUAGAUCGCGCUGCUCAUGUUGAUGCCAUGAUGACCCAUACAGAAGAGGAAGAGGAACAACAACAACAACAGCAUCGGUUGAACCGGCUAGAGUUGGAACAUGCUUAUCUCGCUGAACAAAAUACCCAUUUGACCAAGGAAUUGUCCUUUGCUCGUUGCACGAUCUCUGCAUUACGCAAUAUUACGACACAAAAAGAAGAAAGCUUGCAAGCUACCAGGCAGGAACUGGAUCGAGCCUAUUUUCGAAUCAAAAUGUUAGGCAUGACCCUCAUGCGUCAGGAGCAACAAUUGCAACAACAACAACAAGCAUGGAUGGAAAUGAUGCAACAUCAACAACAGCAGCAGCAACAGCAAUCUUACGAUGACGAAGAGGCCGGCCAUUUGUCACAUCGUUCAUUAACUACAGCUGCUGCUCAUCAACACAUUGAAGCCUUGUUACAACGACGUGCUGGAAAGGAACAACAACAACAACAACAACAACAACGUCGUCAUUUAGAUCAUCAACAACAAUUAACUCCCCCUGAAUCGCCACGUCGUAUCGAUGAACAAGGGCAAGGGCUCGAUGAUGAGUACUAA